AUGGCCGUACUCGUGCCGCAGAAGCCUUCAACGCCGCCUCCGGCUUCCAAGUCGCCUCGUCGUCGCAUGAGUGCUACGCUACCGGCCUCGCCACUGCAGAGCUCAACAGGAUCCGAACCCGGUGCAGCCGACCUGGCGGAACUUCAAGAGUCUGUGACGAGCCCCUCAGUGAGUCCAUCCAUCAGCAUGAUUUCAUCUGCCAGCUCGGAUUUCCAGGAAUGCAGGGUUCACUUCGAGGAAACCCCCGAGAUCAUCUUGUUUCUGACUGCUGACGAGGGUAGUGCCCAUCUUACAGCGGUUGCGGAAGAGGAUGCGCGAGGGGAGGCAGACGAGAUCGGCGAGACUCCGUGGGCAGUGCCAGCUGGCCAUGACUCAUGUGAAGGAGGUGGAGGUUUGGCUGAACUUGCUGCAGAGAGGCGGGAAGCCAUGCUCCGCAAGUUCCGCAAGCUCUUCCCGGACACGGCGAGAGUGAAUGCUUGA